GUUCAGUUCAAUAAUAGGUCGCAGUGGCAAUCUGUGUGUGUUUGCAUCAACAGCUCGUGUAGUGGCGGCUACUAUGAAAAGCCUGUUAAUCCUGUGGGCUAUAGCAGCUUGCACCCGUGGCCAUGACACCGGUGAUGUCCAGAUAUCGAAAUCACUGUCUGUGAAGGGGAGUCCCUCCAGGUACAUCUAUAAAGGAGGCGAGAAUAUUGGCAGGUUUUACAAUACUAGACAACACAAUGUCUCGAAACACACCGAAGUGGAUAUAGGAGUGUGUUAUAUAGAAGUUCCAACAGCCGAGUUAGUAAGCGAUCCGAAAAAUGUGCCACCAGGUAACGGAUCAAAUCCAGCGGUUUCUCUCAUCCGGGCCUGCUGUCAUGGCUUCACUAGAAACAUCCACGAUUACAUGGUCUGCGACCCAGUCUGCUCCAAAGGCUGUGUCAAUUCCCUCUGCGUAGCCCCAGAGACUUGCCAGUGCUACCCUGAUUUUGUCAAAAAUGCCAAUGGUGUUUGCACAGCGACCUGUCCUAUUGGUUGCCAGAACGGACAUUGUGUUGGUCGAGCAUGUGUCUGCGAUUCUGGGUAUAAGUUGGAUUCAGAAAGCAAAUACUGUAAGCCAAUCUGUGACAAUAACUGCGGUAAUAUUGGAAAUUGCACGGCACCAAACACCUGUUCCUGCGAGCCAGGGUACCACUCUGCUUCACAAGGAUCUUGCAAGCCAGUCUGUCAGUACUGCAAGGACGGGGAAGAAUGUACUGCCCCUAACAGAUGCAGUUGUCGCAAUGGAUAUAUCAAAGACACUCAUGGAAAAUGUGUACCGUAUUGUGCUUCUUCUUGCCAAUCCCAUGUUGCUGAUCAUUCUUCACAGCACAACGAUACACCAUUUAUCGUCGUGCCACUAUACGCAGAAAAUAUUAAUCAUUCAUCAUAUCCACACACAAAUUUAAGCCAGAAUCUUAGUCCUUACAACCCGAACUACCCACAAGGUCCGCGUAGUCAAUAUUCAGGGAAUAAUAAUGAAAACUACUAUUCACGUAAUCUAUCAAAUAGAUCACAUGAUCUUUCAGCAGACCAAGAUCAGACCAGUCAAAUACAACAACGUCCUGAUAAUAGCUUUCACACCUAUCAAAGACCAUUGACCUAUCCAGAAGGACAAAAUUUACAAGGCAAAUUGCCAAACAACACUAAUCCCGCACCAGGUCAAGAAUCAAAUCAAUAUCCGAUAAACUUAUAUCCAGGUUUCCAAAAUACACCUGAAAACCUUCAUCGUGGUAGAGGAGACAUAGAGACUGAAAAUGACAAAAAACCUGGUCAAGUUCAAACCAAUGGACAAACAUCAUCAAACAAUUCUUUUCAUAUGAACACAUAUCCAAAUUCAAAUAUUUAUCCAUAUUACCAAGGAUCGGACACUAGAGGCCGUCAUCAAAAUAAUUCUAUGGAGUCCAUAAAUCGAUAUGAAUCAGAUUCACAUGGUUCUUCCAAUCAAGGGUUAUAUUUUCGACAAGACGACAAUAACGCACAACAAGAAUUACACGACUUCCGAAAUCUGGAAACUAUUGAUUUGACACAGCACGAAUCUAAUCAAAGAUCAUAUGAUGCAUCUCAGCAUCAUGACCAUCAGUACGACAAUGAAUAUACGCAAAGUAAUUAUGGAUAUUUCAACCACGAUACCCAACUCUCUUUAUCUCAACACCAGACCUAUCCAGGCUCAAAUCAAGAUAUUCAUCAUGAAGCAUAUGAUUCUUCUAAACGGGAAAUUCAAAACACCGCAAAUGAAAGAAAAUUUAAUUUACAUCAGGAACUACAUCGAAACUCGAGAAAUCAUCAAAGAAAUUUUGCAAAUAGCUCUUCACAACAAGAAUCAUAUAUAUCUUCAAGACGAGAAAUUCAAAAUUCCACAAAUGUCGGGAAUUACGAUUCACGAUGGGAAACUUACAGUCCAAAUCAAAGCCAUCCAUUGUAUUCUAUAGAAAAUCCAAGACAAACGCCCGAAGUAUCUAACCAAGUUGUUAAUCGGACUGCAAACAGUUCUCAUACGAAUGUACAAGGAAACCACACCUUCGAUAUAGAUCAACAAGUAAAUAUCGUACCAGUAUGUUCUAAGCCUUGUAUCAACAGUUACUGUGUAGAAGGUAACCAGUGCAGGUGCAAACCUGGAUACUUAAUGGACAGAUCAGACCCAAAUACUUCUUUCUUUCUCUUUCUAUCUUUAUUUAUUUAUUUUAUUUCAUCGAAUUUGGUGAAACAUAAACUAUAUUAUAUCUAUCAGAAUUUGUACAUAUGUUUACGAUUUGUUAUAUGGAACCUUCAGUUUUAUAUUAUCGAUAUCAAACAAUUUAAGUCAACUGUUACUUAUACACGAAGAUAUGAGAAGUCAGAUGUCAGUAUAAACCUGCACUUGUCAAUAUCAACAUCUUGUAACCGUAACAACGUAAGUGCUAAAAUUAAAUGCAUAUUUAUGUUACACUCGCUUUUGCUCGUUAUUUAUGUCAAUAUGAAGCGCUUGUUUAUUUUGUGGGCUGUAUCAGUCUGCGUGCAUGGGUAUACUCCGGGAAAUUCCGUGAAAGGCGGACCUACGUGGUCCACUCCUGAACCUGACCCCUACACUAGACCCGAAACCGAGACAUUUAUUCCCAAUAAAGUCGAUGAAAUAGGCGUGUGUUACACAUAUAUGCCAAAUAAAUCAAACGGAGGACAACAACCAGAAUACAAUACAGUUCGUAGUUGCUGUCGUGGGUACACCCCGAACCGCUAUGACCCAAACGUCUGCGACCCAAUCUGCUCCAAGGGUUGUGUCAACUCUUACUGCGUUGCCCCAGAUAAGUGUCAAUGUUACCCAGACUACGAAGAGGAAUCACCUGGAGUAUGUGCCGAGAGGGCCCUCAAAUGCCCUCGGGGUUGUCAGAAUGGACACUGCUCUAGAGAUGAAUGUAUAUGCGAUUUUGGAUACAAAUGGGACUCGGACAGACAACGUUGUGUACCGAAAUGUAAAUACAAUUGCGCUGGACUAGGUACCUGCACAGCACCAAAUACUUGCUCAUGUCGUCCCGGCUACCAGUCUACAGCUGAAGGGUCUUGUGAGCGGGACUCUCAGGGAAACUCCAGGCCUCUCUGUCAUUCGGCUUGUCCACAUAACUCUGUAUGCAUUGGCCCAAAUCUUUGUUCAUCGCCAACAACUUCUGUCGAAUCUCAAAAUUACGUCCGGCCCAAUAAUGUCCGAUCAAAUCGAGUAGACAACUACCAGCAACAUCUUAGUUAUGUCGAUCGUGACUCAUAUUAUCAGCAGAACCAGAAUCAUCAAUAUACUGAUGAUCAUCAGAAUUUGUAUAAUCCUUAUGGCUCCCAAUCACAAGACACUUAUAAUCAAAGAUUUAAUUAUGAAUCUCAAGAUACUAAUAGGCCGCAUGAAUCUUACGAUCACAGAAAUCAGGGAUAUGGAAAUCCUGAUUCAACACAUCAACCUAAUGAAUAUUAUAAUCAAAAGUCAAACGAAUCACAACGUACAUAUGAUUCACAAUAUAGUCAACACGUAGACCGUGCACAGAGUUCUACAAGUCAAUAUAAUGAUGAAUAUAGAAGGAAUCAAAAUACACAUGACUCGUCACAUCAAAGACCAUAUGAUUCUCCGAGACGAGAAACUGAGAGUGUGACUCAAAGAAGUUACAAUUCGCAUCAGGAAUCAUACGGAACCAAUCAGAGGCCAUACUCUUACUAUAAUUCAAUGGGCAAUCCUACAACAUCUGAAGCAAACAAGCAAAUGUAUACAAACCAAUAUAACACUGAAUAUGGAUGGAAUCAAAACACAAAUCAAGAAAGAAACCAGAAUACACAUGACUCGUCACAUCAAAGACCAUAUGAUUCAUCGAGACGAGAAACUGAGAGUGUGACUCAAAGAAAUUAUAAUUCGCAUCAGGAAUCAUACGGAACCAAUCAGAGGCCAUACUUUUACUAUAAUUCAAUGGAUAAUCCUUCGACAUCUGAAGCGCACAAUCAACACGGUUCUCGCUAUACUGAUCAAGGUUAUGAUCAGCGAAGCGUUCCGGUGUGUUCAAUGUAUUGUAUUAAUGGACAUUGUGUGGAAGGAAACCAGUGUAGCUGCAACCCUGGAUAUAUUCCUGAUAAGACGAAUCCUAGUGUGUGCCAGCCGGAGUGCCCUGGAGGUUGUGUCAACGGAGUAUGCUCCGCACCGAGACUUUGCUUGUGCAACGCUGGCUACUACAAGGACAAGGGUGUCAAAGGGCAAAUCUGUGUAAAACGAAUCAGUUUAGGUCGCAAAGUGGAUCGCGUUAAGAAAGUAUGUUGCGCCUACAAUAACCAUAGUUCAUUUCACAAACAGCAUCUGUAUUUAAACCGUGGUUUUUUAAAAGGAACUAUGGCGUAUCUUUUGGAAGUCUGUUUAGUGAUUUUCAUCGCAUCUGUGGUGGAAACUAAAGCUUUAGACAAUGGACUAUGCCACAGAUACGAAUGGAAAACUGUUACAAAGGAAGUCUCAUCGCCGUAUAUAGUGCGAUAUAAAAAGGAAAAAUGUUUUUUUAACUGUUAUAGGACCAAAACUGAAUACCGCACGAGGAUUGAACAGCAACGGGUUCUAUAUAAGAAAGUUGAAUGCUGCAAAGGGUAUAUGCAAAAUGGAACAACAGAGUUGGACUCGCGUAUGGAAGAAAUUCUAAAAUGCGAUCCAAUAUGCGAACCCCCUUGCGGAGAGCGAGUUUGCGUCUCCCCUAACACAUGCGUAUGUCCUGCUGGAUAUACAUUUAACAAUGAAACCUGCGUGGCUGUGUGUUCAGAGCCUUGCGUCUACGGCGCUUGCAUAAAACCUGACACAUGUGGAUGCUAUCCUGGAUACACGAUGAUAGAUGGCAAUGAAUGUACUCCAAUUUGCUCAAAAAGCUGUCGAAAUGGAAUCUGCAUCGGCCCAGACGUCUGCCAAUGCGGAGAUGGAUGGGAAUUAAUUAAUGAAAAUAUAUGUAUGCCAAUAUGUACCGUUCCAUGUAACAAUGGAACAUGUGUCGCUCCUGAUACAUGCGAAUGUGAAAUAGGAUAUAAAUUUGAAAAUGGUACAUGUAUGCCGCUUUGUUCUGAACCUUGUAACAAUGGUAUAUGUGUGGAACCUGAAAUCUGUGAAUGUCUUCCUGGAUACUGGAUGACAGACGACAAUAAAUGUAAAGCUGUCUGCUCCAAAGGGUGUCAAAACGGAAAUUGCAUCAGUCCAGAUUUCUGCCAGUGCGAUGACGGAUUUGAAUUAAUCAAAUCUACAUGCAUGCCGAAAUGUGAAUCUUGCUACAAUGGAACAUGUGUAACACCUAAUAAUUGCAAAUGUAAUGAAGGUUAUGGCAUGAAAGAUGGACGCUGUCAACCCGUUUGCUCUGAGACGUGUUAUGAUGGAUAUUGUGUCGAUAUGUGUAAUAAGGAAGAACAGAAUCUUACAACCACAAUCAUUUACAAUACUGAUUUGAUUAGUAGAGAGAGAACUGAUGAAGGAAUUUCUGUAGAUAAUCUACCUCGUGGUAAUUUCACUGAUUGGGAUGAGAACACUGAUGUAGAUGAAAACAUUGGUGAUUUUAAAUCAAUAACUAAUUCGACCAAUGUAAACUCUGAAUCAUUUGUAGAAAUAUCAUCUUUAAAUUGGAUAUAUUAUUUCGUGAUUCCUGCUGUGGCUCUAAUGACAAUAAUCACAGCGAUUUUGAUUUGGAAAAGGAAAUCUAUAGUAGAACAUUGCACAGGUGGGAGCUACAUUGUGGCAGGAGAUAAAAAUACUUCAUCGAAAGAUGACAAUAUACCAGACAUAAAAUUCUCUGCUAUAAUGGAAAAGAAAGCUAAGAAGGAUACCAAUGGUUAUUAAAUGAAAAUAUAUUUACUUUACUAAAAUCAAUUGUAAGUGUUAUCAAAUUGCGAUCUCUGUAAAAUAAUUUCAUAAUAUUGUAUUUAUUAAAUGGAAUUAUCUCCGA